GUCGGUCAAUGCCGUGCAGGCCAUGUGAGUCAAAUCGACACAGACCGACCGACGACUCCCACGCAAACCGCACUCAGCACACGCACACGAAAACACUCAGCCGGUCGCUGGAUCGGUCAGUGGGCCUCACUCUCGUCGCGGUAUCGACAGCUCCAUCCCGUCCCACGCAGCGAUCACACGCGGCCCCGGAUCCCCGUUGCCACUGACUCUGUCUGCCGCCCAUGCCCGCCUCUCGUCUGUAUGGUCCCACUCGCUGAGCACCUGGCUGGCUUCUCGCUCCAACUGCAUCAUCGUCUGCACCGAUGCAAUGGAGCUGUCGCCCUUGUACCGCUGCGAGAAGUGCGUCAGCACCAGACGACGCGCUUCGAUGGAGCGGGCGAACCUGACGAGCGAAGAGACAGGCGCACAGUCAGACGGCUCGUUGGAUGAGCUUUUCAGCUGACCUGGCGGCCAUGGUGGGUGUGGAGUGCCCUCUGUCGAAGGUCUGUCUGUCCAGCUGCUGCCGCAGUCCCGCCCAGUCUGCGGCCUCCCACUCAUUGAUGGGCAGGGCGGUGUCGAUGUCAUCCGCCGACAGUGGUGGGUCGUCUGGGUCGGUUCCCGGCGCGGCUGCCGCGUCCUUGGCCACGAGCGAGUUGGUGCACUCGUGGACCUGGUCACAUGGGAUAAGAGGGCACGCACGUGUGUGUGUGGAGUGGGGCUGGGGAGCUUACGAGGAGGUCUGCGUCUUUGGCCAGCUCUGCAAUCGCCGACGAGUCGCAGCUGUCCUGCCAACACACACACAGACAGAGACACGGACAAGCAGACAGACAGACAGACAGACACUCUCUCUCCCUCUAUCUGUGUGUGUGUGUGUGUGUGUGUGCGUGUGCGUGUGCGUGCCUGGCAUAUGGCGACUUUCCGCCCCUCCCGCGAUCGGGGCACGACCUCCUCGGCCGACACCACCGUGCCGUCAGGGAAGCGGUAGGCCUCACCGGCACCCAGAGACUUCAACCUCUACACACACACACACACACACACACAAAAGGAGAGAGAGAUGGGCAACUCUCUCUGGUGAAUGUGGUUAGUGAGUGGGAUCGGUCACUCGACCACUUACCCACCCACUUACCUGUAUGAUUUUCUUGGGGUUCUUGCCGGGGUACAUUUGCCUGAGCUCCUCGGCGUUCCUCUCGAUGAUGGGGAAUAUCACGUCGGUGUCGACACGGCCGGGGCGCGACUUCUCCUCGAUCACGUAACCGACCGUCGGCACCGUGUGCUGCAUUCCAUUGGAGAGGCUCGUGUGUGUGUGUGUGUGUCGGGGGGUGUCAUGGCACUGACUCGUAGUGGUGCAGCGGACACAGUGACAUGAGGGAGGUGGAAGAGUGUGUAGGUGCCGUUUGUGUGGGGGUAGAUGUCGUCGCCGCCGUCGAUCUCGCGGGGGAAGCUGACAUGCACACAUACAAACAUACGUCGCACACAUGACACAGACAGGUCUGUGUGUGUACGGUGUCUGUCUGUCUGUCUGCUGAGUGAGAGACUGACUUGUAUGCCUUGACGGGUCGUGGCGGCCGAUACCUGCACACACACACACAACAAUGGGCAAACACCUACCUCUUUUGCCUCGUAUCUGUCUGUGCUGUGUUGUGCUGUCCUGUGUUGUGUUGUGUGACGGACCCACCAUCUGUCGUGCAGGUAAGGGACGCCCUUAAGCUCGUGUACGCGCCAGUAGCCGCACUUCUUCACAUUCGACAGCUGCACACAACACAUCAACGAACACACACAGACAAAGGACCAGCCUCUGAUCAAUGGACAGGUGGAGAAAAGCUCCCCCACCACCCACCCAUAGAGCGGCCCUGAGGUGGUUCCUCAGCCCCUCUGGCCCAUAGAUCUCCAACGGCACCUCGCGAGUCGCACUGGCAGCACACACACACACACACAGAGAGAGAGAGAGAGAGAUAUGCGCACACACAGCCAAAUACAUGUGUGCGAGGCUUGCGUACUGUGAUGUGAGGAAUGUGACAAUCCCCGCGAGCCCCAUCAUAUGGUCGCCAUGCAUAUGAGAGACGAACACCCGGCGAAUCCGCCCCGCCCGUAUCGGGCUCGCCUGUAUCUGCAGCUGCGUCCCCUCCCCCGCGUCAAACAGCCAGAUGUCGCCCCCGUCGCUCUCCCACCUCAGCGCCACACUCGACGUCCCACGGUGCUUUGUCGGGUACAUCGAGCCCGUCCCCAGGAACACUGCCGUCAUGUCGCUGCCGGGGAUGGCCGCACUCAGCCUGGCUUGGCGGUCCACCUCGAUCAGAGAGGCCAGCGAGGAGGCCCCCAGACGGAGGGGCAGGCCUGUGGCGGCCUCGAGAGACGCCUGGGCCUUGCUGAAGACAUCGUUGACAGACGAGUGCAGGGCGUCCUCAAGGUUUGACAGGGGGGAGGGAGAGGGAGAGGGGGAGGGUGUCGCUGCUGCUGCUGCUGUUGGUGCUGGUGUUGGUUGUUCCGGCCCAGCGGUCGCCAGGUCGUCAAAUAGCGACCUCUUCGGCGCGUUGUGGUCGUCGUCAUGAUCUCUCUCUCCCUCCAGCAGCAGCAUGCCCGCCUCCAUCUCAUCUAUGUGCACAUGCUGAUCGUCAGGCGGCCGCGAGGGCACCACAAACUUCCCCUCGUCCAGGGCAUCAUGCCCCUCUCUCGGUGGCUCAGCUGGAGGCAUCCGAGUCCCUCUCCUUUCCCUCAUGGCCAUUCGCCUCACGACCGCACGGUGGACUCUUCGGCGCGUGGGAGGGGUCAUGAUGAAUGCCAACGCGACGGGGUAGCCGACGAUGGACGCAAACGGCCAACGAUGGCGGAACGAGGCAGCGCGGGUGGGGUGGACGAGGGCUUCUGAGGCGUCGAAUAGGCACAUGCAGCAGAGGAUCAGCAGCAACAGCACCAUGAGUGAAUGAGAGGCAAACGGCUGUGUUCUUCUUCAGAAUCUUCAGAGCGGGAGCAGCGAAAGCACCAUGAGUGCUAAACCGCUCGGAAACUCUCAAGGGGACUCCAGAUCUAUG